AUGUCUCACGCCACGAUGGAUGACAUGACAACCAUGAACCACGCUGGUCAUGUUAUGCCCACAACAAUGGCAAUGGACCACGCAGGUCAUGGCAUGGUCUCCACUGUGGCAAACAUUGUGACCACUAUGGCCAUGGAUCAUGGCUCUAUGGAUCACGGCUCUAUGGAUCACGGCUCUAUGGAUCACGGCUCUAUGGACAUGGAUAUGGGUAACCACUCAAUGGACAUGGGUAUGGCGAUGUACUUUCAUGAUGGAUACAAGGAGUAUGUGUUAUUUGAGCCUUGUUACACUCGGUCUGUGGGAGCCAUGGUUGGUGCUUGUUUUAUCAUCUUCUUUGUGGCCAUCUUGUAUGAGGGGUUAAAGUUCCUACGUGAAGUCCUUCUUCAGCGGUCCUUGUCUGGCAGACACAUGGGGGCUUACGAUAUCAGUGAACACAAGUCAGCUUCUAGUCGGGAACAGAUUAAUGCUGAGAUCCGAACCCCUUCUGUCAUGAGCCGAAUCCUGUCAUGUGACCACUUGAUGCAGACACUGCUACACAUGGUGCAGGUGUUCAUCUCUUACUGUCUUAUGUUGGUAUUCAUGACCUACAACGUCUGGCUGUGUGUGGCUAUCAUCGUGGGGGCCGGCGUCGGCUACUUUUGCUUUGGCUGGAAGCGAGCUGUGGUGGUUGACUCAAACGAACAUUGCCACUAA